GAUAUUUAAUGCUUGUUCACUGUCUGUUCCUCCCACAGCGCUCUCUAUCAUGUCUCAGUGUGGUGGAAGAAGUUAGAACAAUAGUUAAAAACAGAAAACUCAUACAAACAGUCUGGUUCCACCUGUAGUCCCCGCGGUGUACAGCACAACAAACAUCACACGUGUUUACAUUCAAACUCAAAUACCAGCUGAUCACAAUAAAACCCCAAUCAUUGAAAUAUCAAGUGACGCACAGUAUCAAUAAAAGUGGCACUGCGCAGUACAAGCGGCGAUCGAGCCAGAAGGCUCUCGUUUGCGUAAGGUCCCACGUUUUGCUGUGUGUGGAUUCCUUAAAAUAAACCGUUUUCUACUAUUAUCCGUUAUUUAUUUUUAACCUGUCAUGCUCUGAGGAAGAUCCACUAAAUGGUGAUUUACACAUACGAUACAUUUUAGAUGGCCGUUUUAUUGCAUGUUGUUUUAGCACUCUAUAGUCCUUUUGUGCAUGUGUUAAAUUUUAUCACCUUAACUACUUGUAUCAUUACUUUUAUAUUGAUACUGUGCAUCAGGUUGGCUGUACCUGGUAUUUGAGUUAGAAUAAUAGGCCUAUUUUUAAAUUGUAUCAGAACCAAGAUGGACUAGUCCAAUCAUUGUCCAGAAUUAAUUCUCACCCUCUGACAAGUCUUUUUCUGGGCCUGUCCUGGCCUUUUCUCUUUGUGUAAUUGUGUGAUAGAUGCACUUACCUACCUGUCCUUUCCAUCCACAGGUUCACAUUAUUGGUCACAUCCCUCCGGGAAUCUGUGCAAAGACCUGGAGCUGGAAUUAUUAUCGCAUCGUGAACAGGUCUGUAGGCGCGGAGCUAUAGCCCGUCCAGAAAAAAGCAAUGACAUGUAAACCUAUAAACUAGAGACAUUGCUACGUAUCUAGAGCCACGUUUCAUUCAGAUUAUAUAACUGCAUGUCAAACCAUGUCCAUUGGAUCCAUACCUACAUAAGCCCUCUCCUACUGCACAUACAGCCAUACCUCUCAUACAAUACAGGCGUAGUGAGAAUGUCUAGCUCUGUUUGUUAUUGUGAGUGAAUGUGUAUGUUUCUGCGGGUUUCUCAUUGGAGCUCUGAAUUCGUUGUGUGUCCCCCAGGUAUGAGAGCACCAUCUCGGCACAGUUCUUUGGACACACACACUUGGAUGAGUUUGAGAUUUUCUACGAUGAGGAAACCCUGACACGUCCGUUAUCUGUGGCCUUCAUUGCUCCCAGCAUCACAACCUAUGUGAAUCUAAACCCAGGUAAGGAGUCUUUAUCCCUACAAAGGAACACAUUGUGGCCACCAUAAUGAUUCCACAGAGGAUGUAGUUUGGAGCUAAUACAGCUUUGUGUUAGUCCAUCCCAGUGAUUGUUGAUGUUCUCCUAAUGCCAUUGUGUCAUUAUAUUGAAUAUUAUCGAGUGGCACAGGGACAUAGAUUAGGGCUUUCAUUGCUGUGACCAAUCGUUACCCAUGUGCAGGCGGACUGCCCCGCAGGUCUGUAUGUAAAUUAUAUAGCAUGGUUUUGACCGCCCCAAUGCCUAAUACCUCCUUUUAUUUUAUCACCCCUAUUGCUGGUCCCCAUAUCCCCUAAUAACUCACUCCAAGCCCCUCUGUCGGUCGCUCCUGCUGCAGUGAAAACAUUCAAAUUGUAAUGUUAUUGCACCUCAAACAUCUCAGUGUGGAAUAAACUAAAUCCAAAAAGAGGAUAACAUAGAUUAAAACCUUAAAUGACUUUAUCGCAGCCUCCGUGGGAUAUUUUGUAUAAUUUCAGCCGGGCUUUGCCCAUGGAUUGUUAAAUAUUUACAUUAAAAAGCUUUUUAGAAUUAUUGUACCUCAAGCAAUACUGUGUGGGCAUCGGUGUCUAGGGUGGUGGAUUGACCAAUUUGUGUAAAAAAGAUGAGGUGAUUGAAAAUACUCUGCAAACGUCUGUAAAAUGGCUAAUACCAUAAAGCAUGUUGAGAAGCGUAUUGCGCCAUAUUUCACCAACUCUAUUUUGGUGUUAUCGGAUACGCGGUAAGCUUGCCAUUAUAUGGGUGUCUUCUGGUUUAAUGAGCGGAAUGUAGGGAUCGACCGAUAUUGAUUUUUUUUAGAGCCAAUACCGAUACUGAUAAUCUGUUAACUUUCAGGCCGAUAGCCGAUAACUUGCCGAUAUUCUGUACAUUUACCAUUUUGAAAAAAUAAACUAUUUCUAAAAGGUAAAUGCACAAAAUAUAAAAGCCACAUGCACUGGAUGCAGUGUGUUUAGACAGUGGAGCUGUGUAUAUUUGUGUAGUGUGUAUAUAAUGAAUGCAGGGUGUGUUUGUGUAGUGUGUAUAGUUAAUGCAGUGACUGUGUAGUGUGUAUAUAAUGAAUGCAGAGUGUGUGUGUGUAGUGUGUGGUGUAUAAAGGGAAUGUAGUGUGUGUAAAGUGAAUGCAGUGUUUAGUGUGUAUAGCGAACGCAGUGUGUGUAUAGUGAAUGCAGUGUGUGUAGUGUGCGUAUAGUGAAUGCAGUGUGUUUGUAUAGUGUGUGUAUAUAAUGCCUACAAUGUGUAGUGUGUGUGUAUACAAUGUAGUGUGUCUGUGUAUAUAUGAUGCAGUGUUUGUAGUGUGUGUGUAUAAUGCAGUGUUUGUAGUAUGUGUGUGUAUAUAAUGCAGUGUGUGUGUAUAUAAUGCAGUGUGUGUAGUGUGUGCAUUAAACACACACACACACUACAUUCUAUACACACACACACACACUAAAUUAUAUAGACACACUACACUAUAUACACACUCUGCGUUAUAUUGUCAGGUUACCUUUGGUGUCUACCUCGGAGGAGGUUAGACACCUAGACGUCCAUCCUUCCAGGGGGGCUGACUCACCCGAUCCUUGCACUCCUCCCGGUCGUUUACACGCCGGCCGCGAUAGCUCCGCCUCCUUUUAUGACGCGGCGCUCAGUAGCCGACGUCAUGACGGCAAUCACGUUCCGACCCGUCAAUCACGGCAACCAAGUGCCGAACAACGAAUCAGGACUCGUUGGGGGCGGAGCCAACAGUUAAAGAGCCAAGGUAUAAAAAAGGGUUCUGUGGAAUGAUUCAUUGCCCUGUCGUGGUUCUAGCUAGUCUGGUCACUCAGUGCACUUACCUCUAUUGUCUUUUGGUUCCUGACUCGGCUUGUAUUCUGACCCUGCUUUCCUCUCUUGUCCUUUUGACCCGGCUUGUCUCUCGCUUACCUGAUCUCUCGUUCCCUCGACCUCGGCUUGUCUCUGACCAUUCUUUUUGCUCUCUCCUUACGUUAGUCCGGCCACUCUAAGGUCCGGUAUACGUACCUAUCUCCUGUUUGUAUUCUGCGUGUUGGAUCCCUGUCACGAUCCUGACAUUACGACAGGGCCAAUGGAUCCUGCAGGUACAAACUCUCAGGUCGGUUCUCCUGACUCUAGAUUUGAGGCCAUGGAUCAUAGAAUGGACCAGAUGGCUCUAGCUCUGCAAGCAUUGCUAUCUCGUCCUAGUAAUCACUCAGAGGAGAUGCGUACCCUCAUCUAUCUCUCCUAUAAGUACAGGCCUAGAGGUAGCCACAGUGGCUACUUCUUCCCGUGUUACGUCCCCGUCACGCUAUGGCGGCGCUCCUGACACUUGUCGAGGUUUUUUAAACCAGAUAGGUAUUCAUUUUGAGUUACAACCCCACGCUUACCCUACUGACAGGGCGAAGGUUGGAUUUAUUAUUACCUUGCUCAUUGACAAGGCACUUAGAUGGGCUAACCCCCUGUGGGAAAAUGAUAACCCGUUAGUUUAUAACUAUAAUGCUUUUGUCGCUGCAUUUAGGAGAGCUUUUGACCCCCCAGGAAGAAAGGCCAAUGCAGCUAGACUACUGUUACGUCUUAGACAGUAUAACCGAACCCUCGUGGAUUAUGCUUUAGAGUUCAGAUCCUUGGCGGCAGAAGUCAAGUGGAAUGAACAGGCUUAUAUGGACGUAUUUAUGAACGGGUUAUCUGAUGAGAUUUUAGAUGAGGUGGCCACAAGAGAUCUUCCUGAAAAUUUGGAGGAUCUGAUUUCAUUUAUUUCCCGAAUAGAUGAACGUAUGAGACAGAGGCAGAAUAUUCGGGAUAGAACCCGCAGAUCCUCCAUAAGACUAGCUCCCUCAUUUCAGAGUUCUGAUUCUACUACUUUAGCUCUCCCAGAACCUAUGCAAAUAGGUAAUACUCGACUCUCAGAAGAGGAAAGACAGUACAGGAGAAGGGAGGGCCUUUGUAUGUAUUGCGGAAUUAGAGGUCACCUACGCCUAAAUUGCCCUAACCGGCCGGGAAACGCUCGCACCUAAGUUUCUCAAGAGGACAGGCCUUGGGUGUUUCUAUCUUGUCCUCUAUAUAUGAUUAUAAAGAUCAUAGGCUUCUGAUACCUGUUUCUUUAGCUUGGGAAAAGGGAGUACUUAAUGCUAUGGCUUUGAUAGAUUCCGGAGCAGCUGAAAGCUUUAUUGACCAAGCCUUUGUCACUAACCAUUCUAUCCCAUCUCAGCUAAGGGAUACACCCUUGGCCGUUGAGGCCAUAGAUGGUAGACCAUUAUCUGAACCUGUUAUUCUUCGUGAAACCAUACCAAUUAAGUUAACCACUGGUAUCCUUCACGAGGAAAGAAUAUCCCUCAUGCUGAUCUCAUCUCCUUCAGUUCCUAUAGUCUUGGGGUAUCCCUGGCUUAAGAAGCAUAACCCUAUCAUUGACUGGGAAUUGGGUGAGAUAGUCUCCUGGGGUCAGGGUUGCCAGAGAGGAUGUUUGCAGAAAGUCUCACCGAUUUGCAGGGUUGACGCCCCGGUUAACUCUUCCCAAUCUACAGAUUUACAGAUACCGUCGCAGUACCUGGAUUUAAAGGCGGUCUUUGACAAAAGGGGGGCUGAUACUUUACCUCCACAUAGGUCUUUCGACUGUAAAAUUAGACUCCUACCUGGUACUAUGCCUCCGAGGGGUACGGUAUAUCCUUUAUCCACUAAGGAAAACUUAGUCCUAGAGGAGUACAUACGUGAAAACCUAGACAAAGGAUUUAUUAGGAGAUCAUCUUCUCCGGCCGGGGCCGGUUUCUUUUUUGUAGAUAAAAAAGACGGCACUCUACGGCCUUGCAUUGAUUAUCGGGGCUUGAAUAAGAUAACUGUUAGAAAUGCUUAUCCUAUUCCUUUGAUUACUGAGCUCUUUGAUCGACUGAAAGGCUCCAAGAUUUUUACCAAGUUAGAUUUGAGGGGAGCUUAUAACUUGGUGAGAAUUCAGCAGGGAGACGAAUGGAAAACAGCUUUCAAUACCCGUUAUGGCCACUAUGAAUACACGGUAAUGCCCUUCGGGCUUUGCAAUGCACCUGCAGUAUUCCAGGACCUUAUUAAUGAGGUUCUUAGGGAAUUUCAGCAUGAAUGCGUUAUAGUAUAUUUGGAUGAUAUACUAAUACACUCUAGAGAGAUUGAGACUCACCACAGACAAGUCAGAAGGGUACUGCGCAAACUGUUACAACAUGGAUUGUACUGCAAAUUGGAAAAGUGUAGCUUCGACCAAUCUCAGAUAAACUUUCUUGGCUACGUUAUUUCUGGAGACGGAUUUAGGAUGGACCCCAUUAAACUCCAAUCGAUUUUAGAUUGGCCAUUGCCUAGGGGACUCAAGGCCAUUCAGAGAUUUAUCGGAUUCUCCAAUUAUUAUAGGCGCUUCAUUAAAGGUUACUCUUCUAUUAUUGCUCCUAUUACCAAUAUGACUAGACAGGGUGCUGAUACCAAGACUUGGUCUACAGAGGCUCUCUCUGCUUUCAAAACACUCAAAGAACAUUUUGCCUCAGCACCGAUAUUAGUUCAUCCUGACACAUCUUUGCCUUUUCUACUCGAGGUAGACGCCUCGGAGACAGGUAUAGGCGCUAUCUUGUCCCAAAGGCUAGGUUUGGAUAAACCGUUACAUCCAUGUGGGGUUUUUUCCAAGAAAUUAUCUGGGCCUGAAAGUAGAUAUGACAUUGGUGAUAGGGAACUGUUAGCGGUCAUUAUGGCUUUAAAGGAAUGGAGACAUUUGUUGGAGGGGACAUUAUACCCGGUUACUAUUUUGACGGAUCACAAGAAUUUGUCCUAUAUAGGGGAGGCCAAGCGCUUGUCCGCCAGGCAAGCUCGUUGGUCCUUGUUUCUGACACAUUUCAAUUACGUGCUCACUUAUAGACCUGGCUCUAAGAACUCUAAGGCAGAUGCAUUGUCCCGUCAACAUGAACCUUCUACGGUGUCUGAAGCUGCUUUGUCUUCUAUCGUUCCCAAGUGUAAUAUUAUUGCCAACACAUGUGUCAGGAUACACUCGCCGUUGCUUGCUGAGAUCAAGAAAGUACAACAUCUAGCUCCCAAACCUGUUCCUGGGGAUCGAUACUUCGUUCCUCCUGAGCUCCAAGUGGAAUUGCUGCAUUGCUUUCAUGACAGUAAAAUUGCUGGGCACCCCGGCAUACGCAAAACAUGUUCCCUGAUUUCUAAAGAUUUCUGGUGGCCUUCCCUUCGUAAGGAUAUAAGGGAUUUCGUCGGGGCAUGUGCUGUCUGUAUGAAGACUAAGCAACCUCACGCGCUCCCUUGUGGACUUUUGCACCCCUUAGAAAUUCCCGAGAGACCAUGGUCAUGUUUGGCUAUGGACUUCAUUGUCGAUUUGCCUGUUUCUAAAAAACAUACUGUUAUUCUCACGGUGAUUGACAGGUUUACUAAAAUGGCUCAUUUCGUGCCCUUGCCUAAACUGCCCUCGUCUCCCGAAUUAGCUGAGAUAUUCGCGAGGGAGAUUUUUCGUUUACAUGGUAUUCCCUCUGAAAUUGUUUCUGAUAGAGGUUCCCAAUUUGUUUCCCGCUUUUGGAAGUCUUUCUGUUCUCACUUAGGCAUCAAGUUGAAUUUCUCAUCUGCCUAUCAUCCCCAGUCCAACGGAGCUGCCGAACGCACCAACCAAAAGAUUGAACAAUAUUUGCGUUGUUUUGUUUCUGAACACCAGGACGAUUGGGUUGGUCUGAUUCCUUGGGCAGAGUUUGCACACAACAAUCUCGUUUGUGAUUCUACUCGUUCUAGCCCCUUUUUCUUGAAUUAUGGCUUUCAUCCUUCCAUUCUUCCGUCGGUUUCCCCUUCCCAAGGGGUUCCGUCGGUUGAUGUUCAUGUCGCCAAUCUGAGAAAGUUGUGGGAUCAGACUCGACGAAUUCUUCUUCAGAAUUCCAUGGUGUUCAAACGACACGCUGACAAACGGAGACGGGUGGCUCCGGUUUUUGCCCCGGGUGAUAGGGUGUGGUUGAGUACCAGAAACAUCCGCUUGAAGGUUCCUUCCAUGAAAUUUGCCCCUCGUUACAUAGGCCCUUACAAGGUUCUGUGUCGGAUUAACCCGGUUGCGUAUCGUCUUGCCCUUCCGCCUGCCCUGCGCAUCCCUAACUCUUUUCAUGUUUCUUUGUUGAAGCCUUUGGUUUGCAACAGAUUUUCCUCCGCUGAGUCCUCCCCUCUCUCUGUCCAGGUUGAGGGUCAGGAGGAAUAUGAAAUCAAAUCCAUUCUCGAUUCUCGUAUUUCUCGGGGGAAGUUGCAAUAUCUUGUUGACUGGAAGGGGUAUGGGCCUGAAGAGAGGUCUUGGGUGGUCCAUGAAAAUGUGCAUGCCCCUCGUCUCCUCCGGGCAUUUCAUGCUCGUUUUCCGUCUCGCCCCGGUUCCUUCCGCCCGGUGGGCGUUUCUGAGAGGGGGGGUACUGUCAGGUUACCUUUGGUGUCUACCUCGGAGGAGGUUAGACACCUAGACGUCCAUCCUCCCAGGGGGGCUGACUCACCCGAUCCUUGCACUCCUCCCGGUCGUUUACACGCCGGCCGCGAUAGCUCCGCCUCCUUUUAUGACGCGGCGCUCAGUAGCCGACGUCAUGACGGCAAUCACGUUCCGACCCGUCAAUCACGGCAACCAAGUGCCGAACAACCAAUCAGGACCCGUUGGGGGCGGAGCCAACAGUUAAAGAGCCAAGGUAUAAAAAAGGGUUCUGUGGAAUGAUUCAUUGCCCUGUCGUGGUUCUAGCUAGUCUGGUCACUCAGUGCACUUACCUCUAUUGUCUUUUGGUUCCUGACUCGGCUUGUAUUCUGACCCUGCUUUACUCUCUUGUCCUUUUGACCCGGCUUGUCUCUCGCUUACCUGAUCUCUCGCUCCCUCGACCUCGGCUUGUCUCUGACCAUUCUUUUUGCUCUCUCCUUACGUUAGUCCGGCCACUCUAAGGUCCGGUAUACGUACCUAUCUCCUGUUUGUAUUCUGCGUGUUGGAUCCCUGUCACGAUCCUGACAUAUAUACAGUGUGUGUAGUGUGUGUGUAUAUAAUGCAGUGUGUGUGUGUGUUUUCCUGAAGGGAUGUGAUUUGUGUAAAGUGGGGUGGGGGGAGGCAUUUUUUUACUUUAAUUUUUAAUGUUUGUUUUAUUUUAUUUUUUUAAUAUUUAUGUUUAUUUUAAUUUUUAAUAUUUGUUUAUUUUUUUAUGCUUAUUUUUAAUAGUUAUAUUUUAUUAUUUUUGUUGUCCCCCCUCCCUGCUUGUUACCUGGUCAGGGAGGGGGGAUAUGACAGUCCCUGGUGGUCCAGUGGCAUUGGCUGAUCUGGGGGGGGCCGCAGGUAGCGUUUACUUACCUCCCCUCCAGCUCCCAGUGUAAAUCUUGCGGCCCUUAGUGCUUGACGGCCGCGGGUCUCGCGAGACUUACACUGGCUAGCUGGAGGAGCUGCAGGGGAGGUAAGUAAACGCUGCGCCCCCCCCCCCCCCAGGACCGCCGGGCUUGUAAUGAGCCUGGCGGACCUGGGAGGUAUUAUCAGCAAUAUCGGUAUCUAUAUGGGCUGAUACCGAUAUUGCCGAAAAUACCGAAUAUCGGCCGACUAUAUCAGUAAAACCGAUAAUCGGUCGAUCCCUAGUGGAAUGAAUGGAAUGUAUUUGCAGAUGAUAGACUGCACGGAAUUCUGAGUAAUUAGUCUUUUUCCUUUGCAGGUUACCGUGUGUACCUGAUAGAUGGCGAGUAUCCUGCGAGCUCACACAUGGUUUUGGACCAUGAAACCUACAUCCUAAAUCUAACUCAGGCCAAUGCUAAGGUGACGGAGGAGCCUUCUUGGACCCUGCUUUACAGCGCUGUAAAAACCUACGGCAUGAAGUCUGCCUACCCGUCAGACUGGGAUAACCUCAUCCACCGCUUCCUGCAGGACGAACGGCUCUUCCAGACAUUCUGGUAUCUGUACCACAAGGGCCAUGUGGAGGAGGUGUGUAAAGAGAGCUGUAAGAGCACCCUCCUGUGCACACUGCGCUCCGCUCGAUCGGACGACACCCAGCUCUGCAAGGAUUUGAAGUUUGCCCAGAAUUCAGACUGGAAGCCCAAACGCUACUGCUGAGGAAAGAGACUGUCGUUUGGGUCUGUAAAUGCUACCACACCAAGACUGUAUAUUGACUGAGCCCUGUCUCCGUAUAUAAACCCCACCCCGGACUGACCGCAGGCAACAAAAAUCUACAGUAACAUAAUGAGAGAAUCACAUUCUGCCGGAAUAGAAAGAAAACCCUGUAAUCCGCACCCCAAACACACAGCGCGGUAAGAAUGGACACUACGCCAACUGUGCCAGGGCCUGUAAUGUGUGGCAUCAGGGAUCCCGUCUCUUUAACUAUAAUCAAUAGAGCGGGUAUGGCCACUGGACAGCUAUGGAUAGAAAGAGCUUUUUCCAGAAUUCUCUGCUGCACUCAGAUGAACUAACGUGUGAAAGGAUUGUGGGAAUCGAUGUUUAAAAACUAGAGAGCACUAGAGUGUGUGUCUACCCUGCAUAAUAUGUGUACAGUGCGUGUACACGGGAUAAACUAUCUGUACACUGUCCGUGUGUACACUGGAUAAUAUCUAUACAGUGUGUGUACACGGUAUAACAGUCUACAGGGGGUUAAUGGACAUUCUAUAGAGCUUUUAUCAUGUUGUAUAUGGGUUCUAUGUGGUGUGAACGUGUUAGGGGGGAUUUGAGGUUUACAAUCACAGAACUGUAUUAAGUUAAAGCUAAUUGCACUCCAAGAUUAACAAUGUAUAACGUUUUAUAGCAAUUCCACAAUGAUCACUGUAACAAUCAAUAGUGGAUCCCAAUUCCAUCUUCUCUGCCAAAUCUGUGUAAAAACAGAUCUUUCACUGCAAAAGCAAUGAGAGAAUCUGUCUACGUGCCCCACACAGACGGCAUCUUUAAUUUAAAUUAUUUAUUAUUAUUAUAGAAGAAGAUAAUGUUUAAAUAGCAUGAGGUCACUUUAAAUGGGGUAUCCUGCUUUAUUGAACCACGGACAGCUGAUGGCAGGAACUUUGUAUUAAGAAACGCAGCAUUUUAGGUUAAAAUAAAUCGGACUGAAGUCAUUAGAGUGAGUUUAAUAGCAAGUCUGCGUUCAGCUCGGAACGCAUAGAUGGUGACAUGGAGAUUGACAGGACUGACACCGAAUAACGUCGUUACAAGCCUCUGGAUUAAUCUUGAAUGACUAACACUGGAGCCAAUGUCUGUUUUUAUGGUGAGAACUGGAAUAAAUGGGUGCCAUUUUGUCUCUACGCCUGCCUUUCGCUGGUCGGAGUGCUCUGUGCCUUUACCAUGAAAUGCCCGAGAUUUUCUUUAUCUGGAUCAUGAACCUCAGAAAGUUCCAACACAGAAUCUAAACCCGGAAAUGGAACUCCGCACACUUGGAACAACAGAGCCAAACGGUGGCUGUGUAACGAGACAUUCCUGUGUGUUGGGUUUGGCUGUACUGAGAUGGCACACACGCUUGUUUAAUAAUAAAUGGAAAGCGUGGGCCGUGUACAAAUGUACCAUUUCUGGAUUUCGAUUUGGCUGGUAAAUAUUUAAACAUUCUAACUCCUCAUCAUCAUCAGCUCAUUUAUAAAGCACCAACAUAGAGCAGCGCACAUUAUCACACGGUAAGCAUGAGAUCAGGGGCAGUGAACGGCAAGCUCUCACCAUGUGCCGUGGUGUGCAUAUCAACGUGGCUGUAGAUGUUUCAAACUGGAAAUAUCGCUGGCGUUGAAAUUCACAGUGAACACGUUAGUGAAUAAUCCAGGCAGUGAUUAUUCCAGCCCCGUUGCUGCUCUGGAAUAUGAAACACUGGGAGUUCCUUAUAUUCACAUUAUAUUCUGUACAGGAACGCUCCGGCACAUAAAGCACCUCAGCUUGCUGAGAGUCUGUCAUUUAGAAAUCAACAGUUUUAUAACUCCCUGGCUCUCGUUUAGACAGCCAGGGAGGAUUUCUUCUAUUGGCUUCACAGAAUUAAUGGGAAUGGCCUUCCUCUCCUCUCCGUAAUCUGUACUACAACUCACUGGGAAGCUGUGCUCGCAGGCCUGUAGCGUUUGCAAGCUGGGUUUUGUAUUAGCCCCCCCACCAAAAACAGCAGGAAUAAAAUGCAUCCGUGGUUUCUUUGGGGGUGAAUCAACUAAAUAAUCGUUAGAAUAUUAAUUUAACCCCUUAAGGACACAGCUUCAGAAGUAAAAAGGAAUCAUGAUGGACAACUUUCGGCUUGUGUCCUUAAGGGGUUAAAGAAUAUAACGCAAACAGAAUGCUUCAGGAAAAUAACUUUCAGCAAUAAGAUGGAUGAUACUUUGUGUGUUAUUACUCUCUGUAACAUAGAACCAAUAAAGACUAAUUAAGCUAACGAGGAAGUGAAGUCCCCGUGUUCCCGGAUGCGAGUCAGCUGCUGUACUAUGAUUCUGUUAUGAUGUCAGUAACGGUAUGGGUGCUAAUUAACAUACAUAUUAUUGCCGGACACCGUGACGCUAUACCACGUCUUCAUUUUACACUAGAUGUCUAUUAUAAAUGGAGUAAUGAUUGUCAUUGGGACCAGUCUGUCAGGGCACUGGCUGAUACAAGAGCAUGCACUCCCUAGCCAGUCCUUAUGGAUUAUAACAACAGCAAGGUCACUAAGCAAGGCCAAUCCAUUUGCUCCACGGAUAUGAGUGGAGUAACAUACAGGCACACACUGAUAGAUAGACAUACAGGUACACACUUAUAGAUAGACAUACAGACGCACACUGAUAGACAUACAGGCACACGCUGAUAGACAUACAGGCACACGCUGAUAGACAUACAGACACACACCGAUAGACAUACAGGCACACACUGAUAGACAGACAUACAGACACACACCUAUAGACAUACAGGCACACACUGAUAGAUAGACAUACAGACACACACUGAUAGACAUACAGACACACACCGAUAGACAUACAGGCACACACCGAUA